AUUUCGUUUUCUGUGACAUUUGAUUGACAGAUUACCGUAAUCAACAAAAUUGCAAGUCGCGCCGAAAUUGUUAAAUAUCCGUGUUUUAUUGUAUUUCAGUUGAAUAAUUAACAAGAAUUUACUAAAAUGAGUGGUCCUAACGGGAUGUUGUACGGUGGUGAUGAGAUAGGCGCUCUAGUGUUUGACCCAGGGCACCAUUCGUUACGCGUUGGUUAUGCCCAAGAAGAUACUCCAAAGGCUGAUAUUCCGGCCGUGGUGGGAACGGUAUCAGCAACUCACAUCCCAGACGCCGAGGAAAAGGUUCCCGAUGGAAAUGUCACACAGACCGGAUCAAAGACUGGCGGUGAACUACGUCACUACAUUGACAUCACAGAGCUACAUGUACCGAGGGCCGGUAUGGAGGUACACACAUACAUGAAGGACGGACAGGUCGACAACUGGGAUCUGUUCGAGAAGAUGUUGGAUUACUGUUAUGCUAAGGUUAUCCGAUCCCCAUCAGAGCACCACCCGGCUCUCUUCACGGAAGCCGUCUGGACAACGCGACCAGCCAGGGAGAAGCUAGCAGAACUGUUGUUCGAGAAGUACCAAGCGCCGGCUUUCUUCUUAGUCAAGAGUGCGGUGCUGGCAGCCUUCGCUAACGGCAAGUCAACGGCCUUGGUGGUGGAUGCCGGUGCCAGUCAGACGUCUGCUGUGCCUGUUAUUGAUGGCUACGCGCUGGUGAACGCGGCGGUCCGGUCCCCCGUGGGCGGCGACCACCUCGCCGCGCAAGCGAAACACAUGCUCAACAACAUGCACAUACAGAUGCUGCCUCUUUAUAGCAUACAGAGUAAAGAAGUGAUCCGCGAACGCGAGCGAGGCCGCUAUACCCUGAAGACUCUCCCCGCGGGCCUGACCGUGUCUUGGCAGCAGUACAUGCUGAAGCGCCAGUACGAAGACUUCUGCCACUGUGUAGCGCAGGUGUCGGAAAGCCAAUACGAGGAGCGCGCAGCUGCGUCAGCUCCCUUCAGCCACUACGAGUUCCCCGGCGGCUACCACCAGGACUUCGGUCCCGAGAGGUUCAAGCUCACCGAGUGCCUGUUCGAGCCGACCCUGGGGGCUCCGCAUUUAGCAGCGCUGCUCGAAGCUUCCUCCUCAGUCGGCGCUCCAGUCCUCGCCGGCCUCUCUCCCCGUGGCCCCUCUCUCCGCCUCGCAGCGCGCCCGCCCUGGGGCUCGGUGGUGGCGUGCGGCGGCGUGGCCAGCGCGCCGGGCUGGCUCGAGCGCCUCGCCAAGGAGCUGGCCGCGCGCGCGCCCUCCAGCCACCGCCUCAAGUCGCACGCCGCGCCCAACUCCACCGAGAGGCGCUUCGCCGCCUGGAUAGGCGGCUCGAUCCUGGCUUCGAUCGGCUCCUUCCAACAGAUGUGGAUAUCUUCACAGGAAUACGACGAAGGCGGCAAAGGGCAGCUCGAGAGGAAAUGUCCUUAAAUCUAGAGAAAUAUUGUAACAACACUACAGAUAGUUGUACUCGGCUGUACGCGGCGCUAUGUGUGAGAGUGUCAGCAAUAGGGUAUUUCACUAAGGGCCGAUUUUUCAAUCACCAGAUAACUUGAUGAAUAUGUUUGACGUUUGGACAGCUUUUGUAUGGAAAAUAUGUCAAACGGCCAUAUUUAUUCCUCAGAUAAAAGUUAUCUGACGAUUGAAAAAUCGGGCCUUAAUCUAAUAAUAUUAAUCUGUUUAGUCCAUCAGGCAGAUUUCCAAAAAAUAUUGAAUGCGCAUUUUUCUUUUUAUUAAAAUAUUAAAAAGUACGGAUGAUAAAAAACACUUGUUUAGUACUGGUAAGUGACGUCACACGAGAUAUUAAAUCACUGUUUUUGAUUUUAAAUCCUAUUUUGUAUACGAAAUAAAAGAAAAAAUAAGUUUCUAAUAUUUUUUGGAAAUCUUCCUGACGGAGUAAACAAGUAUUUUUGUCAAAUACUCUAUUUGUGCGACAAUGACACAUAAAUGAAAGCUGUGUUAGUAUACAACUUCACUGUGUAUUUACAAGUGUUACACACAGAUGACGCCGCGCAAAGUUGAGUUGAUACACCCGUAUGUAAGUACGACACUCAUGCUGUCUCCGUCAUUCUCAAGACGAUUGAAGAGGAUAGUAGAUAUUUUGGAACAACUCUAACCUGGGUAUCGAACUUGCAUACAGCUUGUAUCGUUUAAGAUAGUGAUAAUAAUACUGAACGGUGAUUGUUCUUAUGGAGCUAAUCUUUUUAAUAAAAUCCCGGGAAUAGGGAUGAUGACUGGGUAUAAAAAUGUUAAAAUGUAUUGAGUACCUUAAUAAGACAAUUAAACGAUAUUUGACACGUAUUUUUCCUUUUUCUGAAAAACAAACAUUUACAAAGCCUGUUCAAAAGACUUCUUCAAAGAUUGGAAGGUUGCUUGUGACGUCACGAGUUCGUAUUUAUACACAAUCGUGACGUCACGCGUAGGUUCCAUUCACCGUAAUUUGAUCAAUUUAUGUUGGCGGAACUAAAUAACAGAUACCGAUCCAUUGUUAUAUGCUUAAGUACAAGAAAAACACUUAAAAAAAAUUGUCAUCAUCCCUAUUUUCAUUCAUAUUCCAACAUUUGGAACACCUCUCUCGUAUAUCCUAGUGCUCUUCAGCGGUGUAUUAUAAUUAAAGAAAAGGUUUUUAUAUGAAAAACUCUUUAUAAUAUAGUCCACAUUUUCAACAUGCUCACACAUAUAUCACUAUUUUCUACGAUAUUUUUAAUAUAAGAUACGGCAGUCAGUGAGAUUUAAUCUACUAAUGACAUUUACAACAAGUCAGUAGUCGCGAGUUCGAGGAAGAAACACUUUCACUGUAUGUAUUUAAUUACAAUUACCAGUGUAACAACCGUGAAUAUUCAGAAGACUAAUAUUGCAUGAAUUUGAAUCAGCCAUAAGAGGACUAUAAGUAUUAUUAUUGUACCAGUGCGAGAGAGACGGCGCUCUACAACACGUAGCGCUCUGUCUCGCUCCCACACCUACUCUUCUACUCCAUGUGGGCGAGCCCCUCCCCCUUUUUACUUUCAUUUCUCACUGCUGCCAUCUAGUGUAUAGGUGUAUGUAUAAAAUAAUUAUAUAUUUGUCGUGUGAAUGAUUAUGCGUAUUAUAAUUAAAUGGAUUUUUAUUGACUGAGAAUAAAUAGAUGUAAGGAC